UAAGUCGCUGUUGCUGUGAUCGUCCUCUAGAUGGCAGUAGUACACAGCACACUGAUAGCGGAGGCGCUGGAGGAAAAGCUCAGAACAAGCAACAUUAAACUCGUGUUGAAGAUGAGAAGAAACAAAGAGGCUACACUUCAGCUUUUAUCAACUCUAGAGAGAUUAUUUAGCGAACACGACACAACUCCUGCCUUUCUUCAUUAUAUCCUGGCUCUUGACUGUCAAUUCCUCUGUGAAAGCGAUCAGGAAUAGCGGACUUUUACCGUGUUCAUAUGUAAACAGGCCUGAUGGAGGAGACACACAGUCCUGUCAAAGAGGAAGAAGAAACUGACUCACUGAAGAGAAAAGACAAAAACUGUUUCACCUGCACUCAGUGUGGAAAGAGUCUAUUAUACAAAAAGAGUCUCCGGCAUCACAUGAUGAUCCACACUGGAGAGAAACCAUGCACAUGCUCUGAGUGUGGGACCAGUUUCAGACACCCCUCAUCCCUAAUUAAUCACAUGCUGAUCCACACUGGAGAGAAAACACACAAAUGUGAUCAGUGCGGCAAAACAUUUUUGAGGGCUUCAGAGCUGAAGAGCCACCUUCAAAAUCAUACAAAGGAGACGCCUUAUCCAUGCACUGUGUGUGGAAAGAGUUUCAAAGAUCAAGCUCGUUUAAAUAGACAUCAGAAGAUCCACACCGGUGUGAGAGAGUACAUGUGCUUCAAGUGUGAGAAGACCUUUUAUAGGGUUGAACAUUUGAAAGUACAUGAGAGGAUUCACACUGCAGAGAAGCCUUACAUUUGUUCAAUGUGCAGUAAGGGAUUCAGUCAGCUAGAACAGAUGAAAAUGCAUGAGAGGAUUCACACCGGAGAGAAACCCUACAAGUGUUCACACUGCAACAAGAGAUUCAGUAAUUCAAGAAAUCUGAAAACACAUGAGAGGACUCACACUGGAGAGAAACCUUACAAGUGUUCACACUGUGACAAGAGAUUCAGUUAUCCAGUAAUCUUGAAAAAACAUGAGAGGAUUCACACCAGAGAGAAACCUUAAAAGCAGGGUGUAAUUCUUGCCAGGCAAAGCUCAAUCUAGCACUUCUGAAAUUUGGUCCUACGCCUCAUUAUGGUGGAUGAAUAUCUAAAUACAGUAUGUUGCGUGCUUUCUUUGUAAGAAGACUUUUGUAAGAAGGCGCGCCAUUUCACAGAAAGACUUGAUUCAAACACUCGACUGAAGCUAUUAAGUAACUUUUGAAUUAAAAUAUCAGUAUGUGCAG